AUGAACACGACCUGCACUAGAAUCACUUUGCCCGCCAGUAUCUUCAGUCCCCGUCUCAUCACUCCAUACCCCCGAAGUACCACCACGAAAGCGGCUGUGACCUCCAGAUCACGGCCACUGAUGGACGGGUUUACACGACGUCUUAGAACCCAUCGAACACGAGUAUGUGCGUGGUUGGAGCGUGGCGGUAUCUUUGAUAGCGCUCUAAUGCCACAAUCCCGGCCCCGUGCUCUUCUGCAAGACCGUCUGCACUGCGCCACCCCCGACGACACCAGCGGCGGUGGCGACAACGCCUCUCGAUGGGGUCCGGCGCCCCAUGCCUGCAGUCCCUUCUGGGCUGACUACGACGACCCGCGCUCCGUUACUUUCAAGUGGAUUGGAACUGACGGCAAGUCAAUUCGCUUUUUAUCCAUACACUCUUGCCACUUGGAUACAUACAUGCCUCUUUAUGAGUUCCAGUUGCACACCUGCGGCAACCUCUUCUCUCCACUCACUCGGUCGUGUUGUCAGGGCGAUCAGAUCGCGUUUGAAUUGCAGCAGAGAGGAACAUGGCUCUACCUCAACGAGUUUCGAUGUCGAUGUCGUGCGCCUGCGCAGAUUCGCGAGAUCACCUACGCUCGACCCUUGCCGCCAUCCAGCCGCUCCAUUGAACCGCGCUUCAUUAGCAUGACUUGUCAGGAGCCUGUAAGUUCUCGCAUCUCCUUCACCUAA